AUGAUAAUGAUACGCACGCUGAUCGAGAGGGUCGUGUUUGUGGCCAUGCUGAUCGGGUCUUCCUACUUCUUCCUGGAUUUCAUGUCAAUAUAUGAUGUCUCCAUUCGGUAUUCAAGUCUGCUGGCUCUGCUCCUGAUAUACGUCGUGUCGUACUUGCUAGCCAUUCUGCCGGAGAUAACCAACUCGAUAAAGUAUACCCUAUUUUACAAAACGAGGAAGCAGAAAAUUUACUCGUACUCUUUGAAGAAGGAAGAUUCACUGAGAAGGAAAAGCAACGAUAAGGAUUUAAAGAUCGACCAUUUGGUGGACACCAGUUUUUUGUAUAUGAACCAGGACCAUUUCGAAAAGGUGAACUUUGGCCGUGGGUACUCGCGGGGGGGGAGGCGAUUGUCUGGCGGGGGAAUCGACACGUUUUACAGCGGGGAGGGCCAGUCCAGCGAAGAGGGCUCCUCCUCAGGGGGAUGUGCCCCCAUGGGGGGAAGUACCCCCAUGGAGGAUCGCCAAGCGAACCCCCCGAAGCAACGGCAGGGGCAAAGACGACGAGGGAGAAAAAGAGGCAAGUACAGCAAAAACGAAAUAAACGAUUACGUGUGCUUCAUGCUGAACAAUAUGUUGCACAAAAGGAGAGGUAUCAACAAAUGGAAGACUAGUUACUUCCCAGAAAUGGAGUCAAACACGAACAAGUACACACUACACAGCUUCUACGAUCGAAAUAAACAUGUACAAAAGGACACAGAUUUCUCCAGGUGGCAUAAUUUAUUCCUCAAAUUUAUAAUCAAUAUAAAAGUAGUUUUCGUAAAGUUCUGCAAAAAUACUUCAUUCAUUAUCUCCGAUUUGUUGAUAACUCUCAUGUUGAAUCUCGCUUGGCUUAACGUGUACAAGCAUCUACGAAGGAAUAAUGUGGCUACCGACACGGGUAUGUUUAACUGGAAUACGGAAUACAUCCCUGCCUUCUUCACAAGGAUCGAAGCGUAUAUACAGUACUUUAUCCUGUACGACGUAUGUAUAAAAUUUUUCCUUUUUUUCUGUGCGAAACAUAUUUUAAGUUUCUGGUUUUUGUUAAAUUUACUGAAUAGCCCUUUUUUCUACCUACUAGUUUCGUACUUAACGAAUUGUCCCUUGAGGAAGCAUGGGUGGCUAUACCUGACGUGUCCAUUUCGCUUUCUGAAUUUUUUACGAAUAGAAAAUUUGUUUGGCCAGAGUAACAACCAUAACAAGAUAAACAUCCCAGUGAUUACACUAUCUGUUCAAAUUUUAGUUGUGAUAUAUACCUAUGCAUGUAUCCACCUGUUAAUUGAGCAACCGUGUAGAGGGGACUAUCAAAUAUAUGAUUACGUUUUUUCUGGGAUGCAAACCGUGACCACAGCAGCUAUGGGAAGAGGGACAUGCUUCCCCUACACGUUGCAGUCCAAAAUUACACAUACCUUUUACAUAUUUAUGACAUUCACAUAUAUACACUACAAAAUAAGGUAUCUGAAGAACCAUAUGGUAGAGGAGAAAAAAAUAUAUGGAAAAAUACCAAACAUUGGUGCCAGAUAUUUUGUCAUCAUAGGUCACAUGAAGCCGAUAGCUCUCUAUGUGAUCAUUAAUGAGUUACAAUCCACGUACAACAAUUUAGAUGAAAUUAUUUUUCUAACAAGUCUUCCAGUUAAAUUUUACUUAAAUAUCAUUCGUCUGCUGAACAAAAAAGGGUCCUGUCAAAUCAGUCUUUGUCUCUACGAUUUGAAUAAACCAUUUCCACUCAAAAUAAAAAAAAUAAUUUCUUUCAGUAGUGGAAUUUUCAUAUGCAACAACGUCAUGAAUACACACCAUAACAUAAAUAACGACAUGGAGACUCUAAAAAGGUAUAACGAAAUUAAUUCCCUCGGACCUUUUAAUAAAUAUAUUUCUAUCUUCCUGAACAAUAUGUGUAAUAAUAACAUUUUGCUCAAACGGAGCAAUCGGAAUAUUAUUUGCCUGAACGAACUGAAAAUGAAGCUUUUUGCGAAAACGUUGGAUGACUGUCCUGGUAUGUUUCUCCUCACUAUUCUCUUUUUUAUAAAUACACCACAGAAGUUGAAAUCUAAGCACACGUAUAUUUUGAGCAAAUAUUUUGAUAACUUGGAGGAGGAAGUCAAUCCGGAGACUCCUCCUUUUGGUUCCUCCACUGAGGGGGGCGCCAGCGAUCGGGAGGAGAACCACCUUGCGGGGACGUCCACCCGCCCAAGUACAUGCAAAGGGGGGGAUCGCUACAGGCGAGGCGAAACACACAAACAGUAUACUCUGCACAAACAGCAUACUCUGCACAAACAGCAUACUCUGCACAAACAGCAUACUCUGCACAAACAGCAAACUCUGCACAAACAGCAAACUCUGCACAAACCCUACACACGGAGCCGCUUCCCCUCGAGAUGGCUACACCUGUUCAGUGGAAAAAAGAGCCAGCGAUCCCCCGAGGGAGACCACCCCAACGGUAAGCAAUCCCGCGAGAGCAAUUUCUACAAAAUUGACGUCCGCACAGGGGAUACAACAGAGCAGAGUUCACAACGCACGAAGAGAAGUAGCAGACCAUCCACAUCGAUCCUGAAAAGAGUGAAAAGCAUUACCCAAGGAGGGACAAAAAACAAAGUACCAUUCAGAAGUUUCCUAUCUCACGAAUUCGAUGAAAACAUGUGUUACAAUUCGUACAAUAAUUACUUGCACUAUAUGAAAGGAAUAAAAUACAACAUAUACAAAAUUAAGUUACCGGAGAGCUUUCUCAAUUUCCAUUUUAUCACCAUCGUACAGUACAUGUUCAUGAAUUACAACGCCUUCCUCAUAGGCAUCAUAAAUGAGUACAACGAGGUGAUCCUAAACCCUGUUCAUUUUGUUUACACCUGUCUAGAUGUGCAAUUUAUUCUCCUCACAGAUAAGUAUAACAUUCUACAGAAAAUACAAAACCUGAAGAAGGUGGAACUGGACUGGUUGACUUGUAUAGACUAUGUGAAGAUUAAAAAGAGUGACUCCUCAAAGGGGGGGAAAUACAAGAGUGAGCCGGAACCCAGUGCUGGUCACCACUACUGCAGUGAGAUGAACAAGCUGAAAGGUCAACCCGGGGUUUACUUCAAUCCCGUGUUGAGUAUCCUUCGUGUCGACAAUUAUUUGCAGGCCUUGCAGUUCUUCCGCAUCAGGCGAGAGGGGCAAGCUAGCCAGGCGGUUAACCAGCCGAUGGACCAACCGGGCAAAGCGGUUAACCGGCCGCUGCACAAACCGGGCAGAGAAGCCCACCACGCGCACGACGACUUCAUCAUCCUGAUCUACUGGCCUCAGUCUAUCAACACCUUCCUGAAGGUGCUGCACAAGCGGAGGAGACACAACAUCGUCAUCCUGAGCGACCAAAUUCCGUCGUACAUCCACAACAAUAAGUUAGCCAAGUACAGCAUCUGCUACAUACAGAAGUCGCCGCUGUCCCUGUACAAUUUAAUCCUCGCAGGAAUCCUGCGUUGCAAAAAAUGCGUCAUUUUUAAAAAUUAUUUAAAGUUGAACUCCCAUUAUAACAUCAUAUCGUAUAAUGAAAAGGCCAAAAAUAUUAACUACUUUGAGUACAUGUGUGAACAUAACGACAGUGAUCUACUCAUCAUCUUUAACAACAUACAAAAUAUUUUUCGGAGGAGGGACAUUAACGAUGCCUUGGUGGAUUAUUACAUACGCGAAGAAAGUAAGAAAUCAAAAGGGUAUGAUAAUUAUUUACUCCAAAAAAAAAUGACAAAAAAAAGGAGCAUUCAAAGUGGGCAUGCUGAACAGGGAAACAGCCAUGCUGUGAAUGUCCAACUAGUGCAAAAAAAAAUGGACCAAGCAUAUAAAAAUCUGGUGAAUGAUAAAAAUAAAAAAACGAGGAAAAAAAAUAUUUACCUCCUCAUAGAGCUAAAUAACACACUUUCCGUCCAGUACUUAAACAACGAUGUGUAUACAAAUAUCGACAUUUUAAAAAAAAACAAAAACAAAGUGAUGAAUAUGAACAAGGCGCAUAGUUUGCUCUUCAUCGAAAAUUACAAAAAACAAAUACAAUUUUUUAAGUAUGGGAAUUUGCUUGUGGAAAAUAUUUACAAAAAAAUUGAGCACAUUUUUGUGGACAAUUAUUAUUUCUAUUUGUAUUUUUUACAAUUCACUUCCGCCAGUGUCUUCAUCGAUGAACUUAUUUAUCACUUCAUUGGGUAUACCUUCCCUAUCAAGAACAACUCGCUCAGUAUCGGCACCAUUGAAGCCUUCAUAAACGGCACGUACGCGGACAGCUCAAAGAGGAUAAAAUCUGACUUGCUCCUCAGGCGCAUAAACCCAAAGUACCACUCCAGGAAUUUCUUCUUUCUCUUUCAGAAGUACCUCAAGAAGGGCUCCAUCGUCAUCGGCAUUUACCGCUGCAACGAGGAGAACAACAUGAGCAUCGUCAUCCCCUGCCCCCAGCGCAACUUCAUCAUGCACAAAUCGGACAAGGUCUACGUCAUCGAAAGCGAGUACAGAGCCAAGGAAGGAAAUCCCUAAGGAGAUCAGAAGUCUCGAAAUAUGCAAAUGUUCUCCAUCUGAUGGUGAUAAUUCACAUUUUCGAAUUCGUCUACGCGCGAGGAGUUAAUGGAGCAAAUGUGGAAGCUUUCAAUGUUUUUAUUUUUAAGUGCCAUUUUUU